UUCGGGACCUCAUAUCGUUAAAGAGCAUAAUAACCGGACUAAACGUCAACUAGAACAUACCAGGAAAUAUAGUCCCAAAAUGGCGACGCCACCAGUUCCGGCAUCACAGGCGGCGGCAGGGGGGAACUUUGAAGCACCACCGCCGCCACCGAUGCAGCCUCCUGGAACGGACAUGACGGGCAUAUGUUUCAGAGACCAAUUGUGGCUAAACACAUACCCUCUGGAUCGAAACCUGGUUUUCGAUUACUUUGCCCUAUCUCCGUUCUAUGAUUGGACCUGCAACAAUGAGCAGCUCAGGAUGCGAUCCAUUCACCCCCUCGACAUCUCUCAACUUUCGAAAAUGAAUGGGUUAGAAUACAUGCUUAGUGAAGUUAUGGAACCACAUCUCUUUGUUAUUCGUAAGCAAAAGAGGGACAGUGCAGAGAAAAUCACACCGAUGCUGGCAUAUUAUAUUUUGGAUGGUUCUAUAUAUCAAGCACCACAGCUUUGCAAUGUCUUUGCAGCUCGAGUUGGACGUGCUCUCUAUUAUAUAUCAAAAGCUUUUACAACUGCUGCGUCAAAAUUAGAGAAGAUUGGAUAUGUUGAUACUGAAAAUGAAAGUGAAACUUCGGAACCAAAGGGUGGUAAAGAGGCAAUUGACUUCAAGGAAGUUAAGCGUGUGGAUCAUAUUCUUGCCUCCUUACAGCGAAAGUUAGGGCCAGCCCCUCCACCACCCCCGUUUCCCGAUGGCUUUGUUCCUUCUACAACAGAAGGCGAGAAAGAGCCGGAAAACCAGCAAGAAGCGGAACCUCAACCUCCUGCCCUUGAUCCCAUCAUUGAUCAAGGUCCAGCUAAGAGAAUGAAAUUUUGAAGCCAUUGUUUUAUAACCCCUUUUUAAUGGAGGAUUAGACUGGUUUUGUAUGAGUUGAAUAUUGGGUUGGAUAUUUAUUAACUUAGGGUUUAUUUAUCGUUUAAA